CCUCCCAAAACUUGGAAUCAAGUAGCGAAACCGGUCUAUCACAUCAGCAUCCAAUGGAAGCAUGCCACGUCAUUUUCCAUGGUGCUGUAAAGCAGAGACAUGUCCACAUACAGUGACAGUAAAAUUUAGUCAGAGAAAGAAGAGAACCUCUGCUUCCCUAAUAACCAAGCCCAGCUCACACAACACAACAAUCACAGAGUAGAGAGAGAAAACAAAGAAACAAAGAAAGAAAGAGAGAGGAAAAAAGGGGAAAAACUAGAAAACCCUUUGCUUCCACACUGCAUUUCAUUGCAUUGCAAUUACUUUCCCACUUCCAUGCGUUGAGCUCCACGGAAACAACUUUGGCCGAUUCAGUGUCCAUGGCGGUAGAUUUACAACCUUUCGAGUGCUGAAAUCUCUGGAAUCGACUGAGGGUUUUGCUUUUCGGAGAUUGUGAAAGGUUUAAACUUUUUGGGGGCUUAAGAUAUGUACGUGGCGCCUCCACCUCAGCGCUCCGAUCUGGCUUCAGGAUCCGGUGAUUUGCGGGUUUACCAAGCUUGGAAGGGCAGUAAUAAAUUUUUCUUUCAGGGUAGGUUCAUAUUUGGACCAGAUGUGAGAUCAUUGGCACUGACAAUUCUCCUCAUUGUUGCUCCUGUUGCAGUUUUCUGUGCCUUUGUUGCCAGAAAACUGAUGGAUGAUUUUAAUGAUCACUGGGGGAUAAGCAUAACAGCUGUUGCUGCUUUUAGAUGUACAGGAAGUUUAGUUCUUCUUUUGUUAACAUCUGGCCGAGAUCCUGGCAUAAUCCCACGCAAUGCACAUCCUCCAGAGCCAGAAGGUUUCGAUAAUAAUGUAGAUGUUGGUGCUGGUCAGACUCCUCAACUGCGGUUGCCUCGCUUCAAGGAGGUUGAUGUCAAUGGAGCAACUGUUAAAGUCAAGUAUUGUGAUACUUGUAUGCUCUACAGGCCUCCUCGAUGCUCUCACUGCUCAAUCUGUAAUAACUGUGUUGAACGGUUUGAUCAUCACUGCCCCUGGGUUGGACAAUGUAUUGGACUGCGUAAUUAUAGGUUCUUCUUCAUGUUUGUCUUCUCAACUACGCUACUUUGUAUAUAUGUUUUCGCAUUUUGCUGGGUCUAUAUUAGAAGAAUUAUGGUAUCAGAGGAGAUAACAAUUUGGAAGGCCAUGAUCAAAACUCCAGCUUCCAUAGUGCUGAUAGUUUACACCUUCAUAUCUAUGUGGUUUGUUGGAGGGCUUACUGCCUUCCAUUUAUAUCUGAUUAGUACAAAUCAGACUACGUACGAGAAUUUCAGAUAUCGAUAUGAUGCACGAGCAAACCCAUAUAAUAAAGGUUUUUUGAAUAAUUUCAAAGAGAUAUUCUGCACCAGCAUUCCUCCAUCAAAGAACGACUUCAGGGCAUUGGUGCCAAACGAACCAGCAUUACCUACCCGAUCGGUGGGCGGAGGCUUUAUGAACCAAAAUAUGGGAAAAGCUGGGGAGGACAUAGAAAUGGGGAGGAAAACGGUCUGGGGUGACAUGGGUGCCGGAAUUGACCAUUCUGAAGGUCCAUUAAACAAUGAGAGAACAACUGUAAAGGAAGGUGAACUAGGUGAUUUGUCUCCUGAAAUCAGGACGACAGUUGAUGAGACAGCCGACCGUGCUGGACUCCAUCCUAGGCGAUCAAGCUGGGGUAGAAAAAGCGGAAGCUGGGAAAUGUCCCCAGAAGUUCUUGCUUUGGCAGCAAGGGUAGGGGAACCGAAUCGUGUGGGUGGCGGUAGCAGUAGUAGCUUGACAAAUGAGAAUCGUCAUACAUAGCUGUCGGUCAACACAUAUCCUGACCAAAGAACGACAAGAAGAAUUUGAUUUGGCAGUAGUGAUGAAAGAAUACAUUUAUUCUCGUACCUCUUUACUGAAGUUAUUCUACGUUUGGGGAUGGGGGGUGUUGUAGGCAAUUCGCAAGGGUGUUUGUAAGUGUUGUUUAGCAGGUUUGCUUGUAGGAAGGGAUUGUUUGGUGUUUGGUGUUUGGAGAGUGAGAUUUCUUUCUGUCCUGCAGGUCAUUUAAUUAAGGCUCAAGAAAAGAAUUGUUAUUUCUAACUUACCUCUGAUGGCUUGAAUUGAAUGUAGCUGGGUGAGUUUGGAUGGUGAACUUGAGAAAGUUGCCAAAUCUUACCACCAUGCAUCUUGUCUACAGAAGAAAGUUACGGGCAUUUUAUUGACUAGAACUAGGUUGUGUAUCAUGAUGUAUCAUCACUUAAAAGCCAUACAGUCACUGGUUUCAUUAUAUCUCUAUCUAAGGAUUGUGUUACCGAAACAACCUCCCACUAUUUAUUUAUUUAUUUAUUUUUACCCUUC